CACAGACACAAAUACGAGAAACUUGUAUGAGACAGCUGCUUUCUUCUUUCUGGUAGUCGUGUUUCCGGUAUAAUUUAUAUCAAUGUAGUACGGAGUGGAACCUUGCUGUAUUAACCGUCUCUACGGCUUAUUUGUGGUCCCCUCGCCGCGGAAAACAUAUUAUUAGUACUCAACGGCGGCGUACACGGCAGCCUGACCUGUAAGUUAUAUGAGCGGUUGAUUGCGAUAGACCGGACGCGACACACACAGUAGUCAGUAGAUCAUGACUCAUUAUUUGCUUGUCGGUUUUGUGAUCACUACUUCUUUCAUUCACCUCUGUCCUGGGUGUAGCCCAGCGUAUCCAUGGAAUUCAUUAACAUUUCUAGAGAGAGCGUCACGAGCCGAUACCAUUGUCAACGGUAUAGUGACAAACCUGUAUCCAAUACCAGAACAUCCGACUUCUUUCCCAGAAGCGUACAUAGCAGAGUUUGAGACAGAUUGCAUCUUUAGAGGGACAACCAUACGAAAGUAUGUGAAUAUAACAAAUAUGGGGUAUCUGACGUCAUGUUCAAGGACCCUCGUUGACAAUGGAACUGAAUACAUCAUAUUGUUAAGAAUGAACGACGCUGGGGAGUUAGAACCAGAUGAAAUCAAUAUACAGACAGCUGCAUUCGUUGCUGACGAGGAACACUGGAGUGACUUAGGGGUGUUAUGUAACAUUACCGCAGCGCCCCCAGUCGGAGAGCAAGUUGUUCACCGAACGUAGAAUCCAAGCACAUACAAGUCGUAGACGGGUGUUAUUCAGGCACUAUGUCGAACAUAUCUUGGCCAUAAUGUUAUUUUCCUAUUAAUAUCAUUUAUCUUAAAUACCGUGAAUAUUCAGCUGAAUAUAACUUGAAUAUUAGAGUAGUGGUGACAUUUGUAAAUAUU